AUGGACCAGUGCGUCCGGCACGGGCACUGGUGCGCUUCCGCUCAGGGAGACAAACCACGAGCUUUUCGAGUACGUCGCACGGACGCCGCGGGUCGCUGUCUCUCCAGUUCAAGAGAGGAAACCUCAAAGGCUGCGCACUCGGAACCGUUGUUUGAUCUGCUGUUCGUCGUGUGCUGGCCAAGGUUGCCUGGAACGAGCACCUUUACUCGAAAGCAGGUUCGUAACUCAAACACUGAAACUAAACCCGCGCCUCCGUCCCCUGCUCCGGAAGUUUUGGAGCCACUGGCGCAACGCUUUCCACUUCAUUGUGAAGAUUUUGUCAACAGGGAACGGAGGUUGCUCGUGAAAGCGAUGUACUCCUGGUUACAAGCGCGCCGACAGCCGCCGCCGCCCCCUUGCGUGCACCCCAGUACACCGUGUUUCGUUGCCGCGUGGCGUCCGCUCGUGGCGGGCCUGACCACUUGUGGCGCACUAGUUCCGAUAUCACGAGCUAGAACCACAGUGCGAUCGCAUCCGAACCGACAGCUUCGGUUAGGAGCGGUCCGGUGCGUUCGCUGUGCGAGUGACCAGGCGGAUGACUCGUCGGCCCCGCUUGAUCCUGCGAAACCGGAUAUGCAGACGAACCCGCGCUAUUUCACGCGUCCCAACCGGGUUUCUACUCGACAGCGGAUGUUCGAGCGCAAUCAGAACAAUGUCUCUCGCCAGCGGAGACGAAGAGCGCUCCAAGCAAUACUUUGCGGCCAAGUGAUUGCCGAGACCUACGACUACGUUUUUACGGAUGGUCGGUAUUAUUUUCCGCCUGGUUCCGUCAAUGAUACUUUCCUCAUCGAGACCGAGGAGACGCGAAUGAUGAACCCUAUUGGCAGGGCCCGAAUGAUGGACAUUCGAGUGGGCCAUGUGCGAAUUCGCCGAGCAGCAUGGCGCUUCUUCGAGGUGCGACGUAGUGACGGCGGUGUUUGGACCACCCUCCAGAACUAUACCGCCUUUUGGAAGAGCGUCCGACUUCGCUUUGCUCCACGGAACAACGCUGGUGAUUAG